GCGCUGCUGGCCAGGGGCGAUGGCGUGCUCCGCUUCACCAGCGCCAAGGCCCGCUGCGAGGCCGAGGCGGGUGCCGCGGACGGCUUGGCGUUCGACGUCGUGCAGCGCGGUGCUGGCGGCGACGGAUUCGAGCAUCGAUUUUUCCACGUUGCCUUCGAUUUCCAGAAGCCUUUCUCGCCCACGGUGGUCGAGCUGGAGAGGGACCCCUCCAGGGAUCUUGGCGAAGUCUUGGGGGCAUCCCCGAUUCAGGCCGAGGAUCCGAAGAUGUUCUGGCGAUCUCUUUGGGAGAUGAUCGGGAGUUUGGGGAUGGAGGUGGGUAUGACAAUCAGCUUCUGGCAGCUCGUAUCUCGGCCCAGGCAGGUCGCCAACGUGGAGCCAUGGAAGCUGUACGUCAGCCGCCAGACACCCGAGGUCGACCCGCCGCCGAUCCAGGGCAAGGACGACGGCGCCGAGUCUUCGUCCGAGCUUGACAAGGACGGCGGCGAGACCACGGAGUCCGCUGGCAACGGCAGCGACCCUCUGGACGCCGAUGGUGACGGAGGCGGCGGCGAGCGGGGUGAUGCUCACUCCGAUGGCGGCCACGGCGGCGAAGGCGAGCAUGACGACGCCGCGGCCGACAUCGAGGAGGCGGUGGCGGACGUCUUCGUCGGGCCGCCCUUGCCGCCGCCCCCCGAGCCGCCGCCUGCGGCGCCGCUGGGGCACCCAGUUGCAGCGCUGGGCGGGGGAGUUGCGGCAGGCCCGAAACAUCUUGGCAAGACGCCUGCUGAGAUUACAGUGCGCCACCGCAGCGGCAUCAUCCGCUACUACGACACGACGCGCGCCAUGGUUGCGCAGUGUUUGGUGCCGUCUCACCAGGGCGAGUCUUCCGGGUGCUUCCUCACGCGGGUAUGCCGAGACAUGAAGAGCAACAAGGCGAGAGGCAGAUGCCUCGGCCUGAUGCGCGCGUGGCUCGGCGUGUCCGACGAGACGGGGAUCACGCGAUGGGACCACGUCCACGCGUGGAAGCCCGACCAUGCCGAGCGCAGGGAUGCGCGGCGAGAGGCGCUGGCCAGCGGCGACCCGUCGUUCAGGGCCCUUGCCGAGAAGGAGCGGGUCGAGAACGACGGCGAUGUGGAUGGCGAGCCGCUUCGCGACCCUUGA